CGGACGGUUGCUUUUUCUGUCUCUGAAACCAAACCCUCCAAACAAAGAUGAUAAAACACUGUCGGAGAUAUGUUUGGAAAUGAUGGACACUGCCGUUCUGGAGCCAGGCUUCAUCCCAGUCUAUGUCGGAAAAUUGAGCGGACCAGUAGGCCUUGCUAGCAGGGACAAACACCCUCAGAUGGCAUCAAACAGCAGAUGGAACUUUUCUUCAGAAAAUAUUUGGAUGCAUCUAUAUCAUUGAUGGAGGUUCUGUAUGCAGAAGUGAGGAAAAAUGGAGGAUCCAACACCGUCUGCCAUGAAGUACAUCGAAGAUGCCUGGCUCAAACUUGUGGACGAAUUAAAGGACCUUGAUGUGAUUUUAGAUAACCUGCGUAAACAUGGAGUUUUCACUAAAGAAGAGGUCAGUGUGAUACAGGUGGAGAAAAAUGUCUUUGAGAAACGAAGAAAACUACUGAGAAAAAUCACAGACAAAGGGUAAAAAGCCUGCUACAAGUUCCUGAAGAUCAUUGACUUGAUGUGUAAGAUGAACUCUGGAAGGUUAUCAUCUCUCCCUGAGAAAAAGCCUGAUGCUUCUACUGAGGAUGAAGAGUUUGACCUGCACAAAUGGAUCAGUGGCUUUUCUUUUGAGGUUGGCGACCAGACGGAAAAUUACUACUCACAAGGAAAAAGAUCAUGCAACAGAUAUCAAGAAAAGUUGAAGUCAAAAGCUCUAAAGGAAUCUCAGGAAUUCUGGAUGAAAGACAAAAAUCUGUUUCAAGAAGCAUACAGGCCCAAUCUGUCAUACACUCCACUUGUAUUAGACACACAAGGAGAAGCUUCAGCAUCUAAAAUUAGGAAAUUUAAGAACAGAAAGGGCAAAUUGAGCUGGCCCAAAAAGCUCGGAACAUACCUCCCUGAGGACGACCUAGGAAUAUCCCCCCGUGAGCUGCUAAAAACACAGAGAGACAUACUCAUUGUUGGGAAACCUGGAAUUGGAAAGACUGCACUCAGUCAUGAAAUUUUAAAACUGUGGGCAGAAAGAGACAGCAGUGAGCUUGAGUACAUGUUUUACUUUGACAUAAGAGAAACAUCCCACAUCAGAGACGGGAUUAGCUUGGAGGAACUUCUCUUCGAUGAAUACUGUGAGCCAGAUGAAGACAAAGAAAAGGUGUCUGAGGACAUAAAGAAGUACUCUGACAAUGUUACCAUCAUUUUUGAUGGAAUCACAGACCUCUCUUCUUCAGUGGUGCGAAAAAUUGUAGAUGGGGACCUCCUUCCUUAUGCCAAAGUGAUCAUAACCUGCAGACCUGAUGAUGAAAAAGAGUUCUUAUCUGGGAACUUUCUCAGAGUAGAAGUGAAAGGCUUCAGUGAGCAAACCAUUGAAAAAUACUUCUCUACUAUGCUUGGUGUGGACCAGAACAAAGUUUUCAGCAAAGUGGAGUUGUUAACUCUUUGCCAUGUCCCUCUGUAUGCACUGAUGGUGGCUGCCUGUUUUUUAUCAGAGACACCAGAAGACUCGUCACAGCCAUGCAGUAUGACUGAAAUAUACAUCAACAUUGUCCGUCAUUGUCUUCAGCUGAACAGCAAAACAAACAAGAAACACCUCAAUUCCUUCAUCAAGGAGAAGAGAGCAGAGCUGCUGUCUUUGGCCGAGGCUGCUUUUCAUGCAACUGAGAGAAAAACGGUGAGCUUGACCGACCUGCAGUGUGACGACAGCUGUGUCCUGUCCUUCCUGAAACCACUUUUUGUCCAGGUGGCCCCCACUGAGACAACAACAUUAUACUUCUUUCUCCACUACACAGUGCAGGAGUUUUUUGCAGCAGUGUGGCUCUUGAAGAAUCCAGAUCAGAUUAAGAUUGUUUUUCAGCAAUGCCUCACAGAGGAGGGAAAGCACAUGAAACAUCUGAUCCCUUUCAUGUGUAGAUUGUUGACGAAGAAGAGCCCAAGUUUGAUGGAGUAUUUGAUUCCAGUUGAAGAGUUAAAUAAUAUUUCUGAUUGGUUCUUCAAGGAAAUGAUGAUCACAUUUUUCUCUGCUCAGAGUAUGAAUGACGAGGCUGAUACUGAGGACACUGGACUUGAUGAAAGUGUGCUGUUCUUGUGCCAAUGCUUGUUUGAGUCACAGAGUUCUGAGGCAUGCACCAGCUUUCUAGAAACACUGGAUUACAAACUUGAUCUCAGUGGUGAGAUUCUGGACUCCUAUCUCUGUUGUGCUGUGGCCUAUGUGGUCACUCAGUCAAAGGAGAGGAAAAUACAGCUGAACCUUGAGGAUGUUUCUGUAUCAGAACAAGGAAUGAGACAACUGUAUGGAUGCCUUAACAACGUCCACUGGUGUGACCCUCUGCCCCGACAGCUGUGGGAAAUGGUCCUCCUCAGUGAAGGCCAGUUGAGCAAUGUGGACUUACUCAGCCUUGAUGGAAAUCAGAUGCACCUUCCAGUUCGGGGGAAACGACAGCUGUUCAAAAGAGCAGUGUCUGUCAUGAAGAAUAUUCCCAAGAAGAUAAAUGUCUGCCUUCACUGGGACAACGGAGCAACUACAGUCAGCCAAAGUCUGUGUGAGGCCUUACUUGAGGCUCUGCCCAUCGUCGAGUCACUAAGCUUCAGGAUGACCCACAACAGUCCAGGACUUGAGGACCAGGAGUCAGACCCCAGGACACUGGAGAGGAAGAAGAAGAAGCUGUUACUGGAUUUGUGCCUGAAAGCAGCCCUUGAUGAAGACCAGAGCUUUCACCAUGUAGUGCAUCAGCUUGUCUCGAUGUUUUCUGUUGACAAACACUUGCACAACUUUUUUGUUGACUUUUAUGAACACGUCAAGAAUAAAGGUUGUUCAAGUGUCAGACCAAAGCUGGAUCCGCUCUUUAAGUCCACUUCUGAAGUCUGGUCCAUAAACCUCUCAGAGAUCGAUACCUCCACCCUCCUGGAAGCACUGAAACUCCUAAAGAAGACUGAAGUGAAUCUGACAGGCUACUCAGAUGAAGAGAGUGGAGUGAGGAGUUUCCUUCAGUGUCUGCCUUAUAUCUCACACCUCAGUUUCUCUGGCCGGUCUGACAGUGAAGUCAAGUUCUGUGGGAGUCUGUUCUGUGCAGCAGCAACAACAGAGAGAGAACUGCAGAGUGGAGAGAACACACUGGAGCUGUUAUCAUCAGUGUGCAGACAUCAAACAUUCCCCUUCAUUGAGUUUUAUUAUUCUAAAUAUAAGUACACUCAGUGUGAGUUCUUUCUUGAUGUGUACUCUCAUGUAAAGAACUAUGAGACCAAAACAGGCUUGAGUGUCCUUCAGCCACUGCAGUCCUUUUUUACAUCAGAUCAGACUGUGUGGUCUGUAGACCUCUCAAAGAGAAAGACCUCCAUCCUCGUGGAAGUGCUGAAACUCCAAACAGAGAAAAUUCAUGUGGAGCUGAGAGAAUGCUCAGAUGAAGAGAGUGAAGUGAGGAACUUCCUUCAUUGUCUGCCUUAUAUCUCAAAGCUCAGUUUCUCUCGCUGGUCUGACAGUGGAGUCAAGUUCUGUGGGAGUCUGUUCUGUGCAGCAGCAACAACAGAGAGAGAACUGCAGAGUGGAGAGAACACACUGGAGCUAUUAUCAUCAGUGUGCAGACAUCAAACAUUCCCCUUUAAUCCCAAUGUGGCUUCUUAUCAGUCUUGGCAGAUUCAGUGUGAUUUCUUCCUGGAUCUGUGCUCUCAUAUAAAGAACUAUGAGACCAAAACAGGCUUGAGCGUCCUUCCGCCACUGCAGUCCCUUUUUACAUCAGAUCUGACUGUGUGGUCUGUAGACCUCUCAGAGAGAAAGACCUCCAUCCUCCUGGAAACACUGAAACUCCAAACAGAGAAAAUUCACGUGGAGCUGAGAGGAUGGUCAGAUGAAGAGAGUGAAGUGAGGAACUUCCUUCAUUGUCUGCCUUAUAUCUCAAAGCUCAGUUUCUCUGGCCGGUCUGACAGUGAAGUCAAGUUCUGUGGGAGUCUGUUCUGUGCAGCAGCAACAACAGAGAGAGAACUGCAGAGUGGAGAGAACACACUGGAGCUGUUAUCAUCAGUGUGCAGACAUCAAACAUUCCCCUUCACUGAGUUUUAUUAUUCUAAACAUAAGUACACUCAGUGUGAGUUCUUUCUGGAUGUGUACUCUCAUAUACAGAACUAUGAGUCCAAAAUAGGCUUGAGUGUCCUUCAGCCACUGCAGUCCUUGUUUACAUCAGAUCAGACUGUGUGGUCUGUAGACCUCUCAAAGAGAAAGACCUCCAUCCUCCUGGAAGCACUGAAACUCCAAACAGAGAAAAUUCAUGUGGAGCUGAGAGGAUGGUCAGAUGAAGAGAGUGAAGUGAGGAACUUCCUUCAUUGUCUGCCUUAUAUCUCAAAGCUCAGUUUCUCUGGCUGGUCUGACAAUGGAGGCAAGUUCUGUGGGAGUCUGUUCUGUGCAGCAGCAACAACAGAGAGAGAACUGCAGAGUGGAGAGAACACACUGGAGCUGUUAUCAUCAGUGUGCAGACAUCAAACAAUACCUUUCAUUGAGUGUCAUCAUUCCAAAUAUAAGAACACUCAGUGUGAUUUCUUUCUGGAUUUGUACUCUCAUGUAAAGAACUAUGAGACCAAAACAGGGUUCAGUGUCCUUCAGCCACUGCAGUCCUUUUUUACAUCAGUUCUGACUGUUUGGUCUGUAGACCUCUCAAAGAGAAAGACCUCCAUCCUCCUGGAAGCGCUGAAACUCCAAACAGAGAAAAUUCAUGUGGAGCUGAGAGGAUGGUCAGAUGAAGAGAGUGAAGUGAGGAACUUCCUACAUUGUCUGCCUUAUAUCUCAAAGCUCAGUUUCUGUGGCUUGUCUGACAGUGGAGUCAAGUUCUGUGGGAGUCUGUUCUGUGCAGCAGCAACAACAGAGAGAGAACUGCAGAGUGGAGAGAACACACUGGAGCUGUUAUCAUCAGUGUGCAGACAUCAAACAUUCCCCUUCACUGAAGAAAACUCUAAAUACAAGUACUCUCAGUGUGAUUUCUUUCUGGAUCUGUGCUCUCAUAUAAAGAACUAUGAGACCAAAAUAGGCUUGAGUGUCCUUCAGCCACUGCAGUCCUUUUUUACAUCAGAUCAGACUGUGUGGUCUGUAGACCUCUCAAAGAGAAAGACCUCCAUCCUCCUGGGAGUGCUGAAACUCCAAACAGAGAAAAUUCAUGUGGAGCUGAGAGGAUGGUCAGAUGAAGAGAGUGAAGUGAGGAACUUCCUUCAUUGUCUGCCUUAUAUCUCAAAGCUCAGUUUCCCUGGCUGGUCUGACAGUGAAGUCAAGUUCUGUGGGAGUCUGUUCUGUGCAGCAGCAACAACAGAGAGAGAACUGCAGAGUGGAGAGAACACACUGGAGCUGUUAUCAUCAGUGUGCAGACAUCAAACAUUCCCCUUCACUGAAGAAAACUCUAAAUACAAGUCCUCUCAGUGUGAUGUCUUUCUGGAUCUGUACUCUCAUAUAAAGAACUAUGAGACCAAAAUAGGCUUGAGUGUCCUUCAGCCACUGCAGUCCUUUUUUACAUCAGAUCAGACUGUGUGGUCUGUAGACCUCUCAGAGAGAAAGACCUCCAUCCUCCUGGGAGUGCUGAAACUCCAAACAGAGAAAAUUCAUGUGGAGCUGAGAGGAUGGUCAGAUGAAGAGAGUGAAGUGAGGAACUUCCUUCAUUGUCUGCCUUAUAUCUCAAAGCUCAGUUUCCCUGGCUGGUCUGACAGUGGAGGCAAGUUCUGUGGGAGUCUGUUCUGUGCAGCAGCAACAACAGAGAGAGAACUGCAGAGUGGAGAGAACACACUGGAGCUGUUAUCAUCAGUGUGCAGACAUCAAACAUUCCCCUUCACUGAAGAAAACUCUAAAUACAAGUCCUCUCAGUGUGAUGUCUUUCUGGAUCUGUACUCUCAUAUAAAGAACUAUGAGACCAAAAUAGGCUUGAGUGUCCUUCAGCCACUGCAGUCCUUUUUUACAUCAGAUCAGACUGUGUGGUCUGUAGACCUCUCAGAGAGAAAGACCUCCAUCCUCCUGGGAGUGCUGAAACUCCAAACAGAGAAAAUUCAUGUGGAGCUGAGAGGAUGGUCAGAUGAAGAGAGUGAAGUGAGGAACUUCCUUCAUUGUCUGCCUUAUAUCUCAAAGCUCAGUUUCUCUGGCCGGCGUGACAGUGGAGUCAAGUUCUGUGGGAGUCUGUUCUGUGCAGCAGCAACAACAGAGAGAGAACUGCAGAGUGGAGAGAACACACUGGAGCUGUUAUCAUCAGUGUGCAGACAUCAAACAUUCCCCUUCAUUUAUAAUCAUUAUAAGUCCUCUCAGUGUGAUUUCUUUCUGGAUCUGUGCUCUCAUAUAAAGAACUAUGAGACCAAAACAGGCUUGAGUGUCCUUCAGCCACUGCAGUCCUUGUUUACAUCAGAUCAGACUGUGUGGUCUGUAGACCUCUCAAAGAGAAAGACCUCCAUCCUCCUGGAAGUGCUGAAACUCCAAACAGAGAAAAUUCAUGUGGAGCUGAGAGGAUGGUCAGAUGAAGAGAGUGAAGUGAGGAACUUCCUUCAUUGUCUGCCUUAUAUCUCAAAGCUCAGUUUCUCUGGCCGGCGUGACAGUGGAGUCAAGUUCUGUGGGAGUCUGUUCUGUGCAGCAGCAACAACAGAGAGAGAACUGCAGAGUGGAGAGAACACACUGGAGCUGUUAUCAUCAGUGUGCACAUAUGAAACAUUCACCUUCAUUGAUAAUCAUUAUAAGUCCUCUCAGUGUGAUUUCUUUCUGGAUCUGUGCUCUCAUAUAAAGAACUAUGAGACCAACACAGGCUUGAGUGUCCUUCAGCCACUGCAGUCCUUUUUUACAUCAGAUCAGACUGUGUGGUCUGUAGACCUCUCAAAGAGAAAGACCUCCAUCCUCCUAGAAGUGCUGAAACUCCAAACAGAGAAAAUUCAUGUGGAGCUGAGAGGAUGGUCAGAUGAAGAGAGUGAAGUGAGGAACUUCCUUCAUUGUCUGCCUUAUAUCUCAAAGCUCAGUUUCUCUGGCUGGCGUGACAGUGAAGUCAAGUUCUGUGGGAGUCUGUUCUGUGCAGCAGCAACAACAGAGAGAGAACUGCAGAGUGGAGAGAACACACUGGAGCUGUUAUCAUCAGUGUGCAGACAUCAAACAUUCCCCUUCAUUAAUGAUUAUGAGUACACUGAGUGUGAUUUCUUUCUGGAUCUGUGCUCUCAUAUAAAGAACUAUGAGACCAAAACAGGCUUGAGUGUCCUUCAGCCACUGCAGUCCUUUUUUACAUCAGAUCAGACUGUGUGGUCUGUAGACCUCUCAAAGAGAAAGACCUCCAUCCUCCUGGAAGUGCUGAAACUCCAAACAGAGAAAAUUCAUGUGGAGUUGAGAGGAUGGUCAGAUGAAGAGAGUGAAGUGAGGAACUUCCUUCAUUGUCUGCCUUAUAUCUCAAAGCUCAGUUUCUCUGGCUGGUCUUUCAGUGGAGUCAAGUUCUGUGGGAGUCUGUUCUGUGCAGCAGCAACAACAGAGAGAGAACUGCAGAGUGGAGAGAACACACUGGAGCUGUUAUCAUCAGUGUGCAGACAUCAAACAUUCCCCUUCACUGAUGAUGAUUAUGUUGAUGAUGAUUAUGAGUACACUCAGUGUGAUUUCUUUCUGGAUCUUUGCUCUCAUAUAAAGAACUAUGAGACCAAAACAGGCUUGAGUGUCCUUCAGCCACUGCAGUCAUUUUUUACAUCAGUUCGGACUGUGUGGUAUGUAGAUCUCUCAGAGAGAAAGACCUCCAUCCUCCUCGAAGUGCUGAAACUCCAAACAGAGAAAAUUCAUGUGGAGCUGACAGAAUGGUCAGAUGAAGAGAGUGUAGUGAGGAACUUCCUUCAUUGUCUGCCUUAUAUCUCAAAGCUCGGCUGCUAUGAUCAGGAGUUUUUCCAGGAUGUAUGUACAUCCAUUUCUGUCAGAUCCAGAGAUGAGACUGAGCAGUUAGUUCACCUGCUGCAGCUCCUUGGAUUCACCCUUCACUUAUCAGGAAAGUUAACCAGCAAAACGUGCAAGACUGUGGGACGAGUUCUUGGACUUUGUGGUUCUGAUGUGGAUCUAAACCUCACACCCAGAGUGAUGUCUGUGAGAGGAGCCUCACUCCUGUUCAGACAUGUUAAAACACUACACAGUCUGAGGCUUUCCAACAGCAUGGCCUUGCUUCUGUCUGGAUGGGUAAGAAGACAGGAGGUGCCCUGUCUGACUGUUACUGAGCAGCUCUCUCUUGCCCCUCAGUCGGGUCCAUCUUCAGAGAGAGUGUCGUUGAGGGUUGUCAGUAGUUUGGCAUCCCUGCUGCGAUACUGGACUAUCAGACAGCUGGACCUGACUGAGUCCUCAAUCCCUGCUCAGAGUCUCAGUUCACUGCUGCUUCAUGGUGGCCCUCUAAAAAUCAAGCUACAUGAGUCAUUUUUCCAGCAGCUUCUCAACCUCCUCAGUGAAACUCAGGAUGACGACUUGAUCUUGGCCUUCUUGAGAAAGGUUAAUGGAGACCUGACCCCCUUCUCUCUGAACUGGGAGCUUCUUCACCGUCUUCUGCAGCUGUCAUCUCAGACCCUAACUGUGAACCUGAGGAAAAACCGCUUCUUACAGAGGAGCAUCACACCUCUGCUUCCCUUUCUGGACAGGAUCGUAUUUAAAAGGCCUUUCCCCAGAUUUGUGUUGACCACCAUCAGAGAAAUCUAUGCAACUCGUUCCAGCUCCGUUGUCCCCAGUUUUCUGAGGUCAUUUGAUCAUGUGAUCAACCUGACCUGCAGAGAGAUGGACUCAGAUGACUGUGCUGCUCUGCGCUUCACUCUCAACCGCUGUGAUGGAGUUAAACUGAACCUCCUGUGGACCUCCAUACCAACAGAGGAAAUCAGACCCAUCCUCUGUGCACUGGACAGAGUUUCUCAACUCAGUGUUGACAGGAAUCUGCUGCUGAAGUUGGUCCACUGCUGCGCUGCCUCUGGUGACCUGCUGACAACAGCAGACAGUCUCCUCAGGGCUCUGCAGCACAGGUUAGAUCUGUCCCGUUCCUCCUGUGCUGAGCUGUCAGAGGAAGGUCAAAGUGAGACUCUCAGGCUGACAGUUGCUGACUGCAAGGCGGUCUCCACCGUCCUGACACGCAGCAGCAGCUGGGACAGAACCACAGAGCUCCAUCUGCAGGACUGUGAGGUGGAGGACAGUGGACUAGACCUGCUGUUCUCUGUCCUGGAUAGAGUCCGCCUCAGAGCCAGUAAAGUUAUCCUCCUCCAGCUGGUGGCGCUGAUUCCUUUGGACUCAAUGAGACGGGCAGAGUACCUGUGUAAAGCCCUGGAUGGAGAGCUGGACCUCAGUGACACUGAGCUGGAUCAGGGGGCCUGUCAAGCUUUGGCGUGUAUGCUGGAAUUCUCUGAAGGCCUGAAAGAGCUGGACCUCAGUCACUGCCAGCUAACAGACCAGCUACUGCACACAAUCAAGGAUCAUCUGCACAAAGUACAAGUCCUGGACCUGAGUCACAAUAAGAUCACUGAUGCUUCCACGUACACGUUGCUCGGACUAAUCUCCAACAACUCGUCCAUUGAAACAGUGCGACUCUUCAGGAACAACAUCAAACACCAAACAUUCUUAAAGACAGUCAAGAAGUUUGAAAUCUGGUGAACCAGCUGUGAGUGUGGUGUUCAUGUGCUGCUGAGGUCAAAGGUCAAUAACCUCAGAAUACACUGGUGGUACAAGUAACAAAGAAGCAGUGUGCAAAGUUAUCUGAUACUUAAUGUGGCAAUUACAACUUCAAUUGACUGUUCCUUUACUGUACUCAUAUUUAAGGUCCAUGUUUAUAAUUGCAACCUUAAUACCUCUGAUCCUCCCACUGGAACAUGACUGGUUUUACUCUCAAACAGUUGUUGCUGGGCUACUUCCUGUCAGACAAACUCUCACCUGUGCCACCAAAGGUUAAUCAAGGUAGAUUUGGGGAAUUUUUCAUGGGCACAACCAACAUACUCAGCUCUGCCGCUCAUCCCACAAAUGCAUGCUCCUUACCAAUGUGGCAACAUUUAAAAGAGAAAUAAAAAGACUUUCCUACAAUAUAAGAGUUAAUGCCAAGAAGCAUUGUUACAACAAAGAAAUAAUCUACCAAACAGAAACACAUGAAAGAUGGUCAUAUCGAGGACUAUUUUUGAUUGUUUCAAAUGCAGAGUAGCCUGGUGACAACAGAUUUUGUCUAACCUUGUAACAGUAACCAAGGAGGGAGGUGCUUGAUAAAGGGUCACAAACUGCUUUGUAGAUAUUGAUGUGUAAAUAAUCCAUUCAUUGACUUUACUUUUUGAAUACAAUGAUCAUGGAUAUAAGGGUGUUUGAACUUAUUAAUACUUAUUAAUGUUUUUAUUUCAAACAUGUUGCCAGUCAAAGUAUAAAGCAUAAAAAAAACAAAAAAGACAAAACAGAAUAAAUAUAGAAAAAGAAAAGUACAAAGGAAGAAAAGAACAAAAGAGUAGAAAGAUAAUAAAAAUGCAUUGUCCAUCAUAAUUUUCAUGUUUGAAAAGGAGUCGGAGGAAGUAAAACUUAUCUAGUCCUACCCCUUAUUCUCUGGUACAAUGUUAUCUCAUACUUCCAGAUUGUCAUUACAUUUGUAUUCAUGAACGAAAGUUACAUAAUUUAAAAAUUAUACACACAAAUGUACAGAUAUACUGCACUGUGCAAAAGUUCCAGGCUGGUGCAAAGAACCGCUACAAAAGCCAGAAUUCCCCCAGAAAUACACAUAUUCCAGGCAUCCAUAUGUAUUGUAUAUACACAAUCACACGUUCAUAUGUAUAUACAUGCAUACAGUGACCAACGAAUUCAUCAGACCACCUGUCUCAGAGACCAUCAGCAUCAGUGAGCUCUCCACUUUCCACCAUUCUGAGCAGGAAUGAGGAAUUUCUAACUGAAUUCACCUUUCUAAACCCAAAUUUGAGCUGGCUCACUGGGUUUCUGUGAGAAGUCAGAAACCAAUCAAGCAUAACAUUCAACCACUAAAACUGAUUUCUCUGUUCAGGAAUGCAAGCAAACAACUACAAUUCGACACACUAAUCAAGAAAUAAUAAUGUGCUUUACCAUUUCUUCAGCUCCUUUGCAAAUCAGCAAAUCUGAAAACUCAUGGAUAACAACAUUAAUUAUAUUUUCGCAUUAAAAAUGUCAUUUUGGUUAAAGAGCUUCUACAUAUUGGUGUAAUAACCAUUGUAGAAACACAAAAAAUGAUUUCAGUUUCACCAAUUUUUACCAAUGCUGCCAACCUAGGGCAGCUGUGGCAUAAACCUUACUUUGGGUGGUGGUCUAAUAAAUAUGUCAGGCACUGCAUAUAUCCAUACACAUACACACACAUGCACACAUACACACACACACAAAGUUCAAGUACAAAAAUGAUCAUCUAUAAUGAUAAACAGUUCAUAUAUUCCUAUUUUUUAGAGUAAACACUAUUAUUUAGGCACUUUAACUUCAUGCGCUUUCCAGGAUCAAUGCACCCCCUCCACAUUCCUGUAUUUUUCCAAAAUAGCUGUUUUAUAUUUCUCUUUAAACUUACUUAAGUUUCAGUCCUGUUUUAGAUCUUCACUUAGUUUGUUCCAUAUUUUCACUCCUUGUACUGAAAUACAGAAGCUCCUCAAAGUUGUUUGUAUAUUUGGAAUUUUAAAAUUUAAUUGACCCCUUAACUUGUACCCCCCUUCUCUGUCAGAAAACAUUUUCUGUUCUGCUUGGCAGUAGAUUAUUCCUUGCUCUAUACAUUAUUUGCGCUGUUUUAAAUUCCACAAGAUUAACAAGUUUUAAAAUUCUUGACUGUAAGAAUAACUGAUUUGUGUGAUCAUGAUAACCUACCUUGUGAAUUAUUCUUAUGGCUCUUUUUUGAAGAAUGCAUAAGGGUUGUAGUGAGCUCUUGUAUGUGUUUCCCCAGAUCUCCGUGCAAUAAUCUAAAUAAGGUGCAACCAGUGAAUUAUAUAGAAUGUAAAAUGAUGUAUGGUAUGGCACAUGUUUUGCUUUGGUUAGGACAGAGAUACUUCUGGAACGUUUAGUAUGAACAUGCUUAAUGUGAGGCUUCCAGCAAAUCCUGUCAUCUACAAUCACAGCCAAAAAUUUAUUUUCAUACACUCUCUCUAUGUUGACACUCUCUAUUUAUACCUGCGCCUUACUAUUUGAUUUUUGUUUACCGAAUACCAUGAAUUUAGUUUUAUUUAGAUUAAAUGAUAACUUGUUUUUAUCAAACCAUCUUUUAACUUUAUCCAGUUGCUGUAGGUUUUCCCCGGAAGCCAGGAUGUUUGUGUCAUCCGCAAACAAUACAAAUCUUAGUGCUCUCUGGUUUGAAUUUCUUUCUGCAUCAUAUGAGCUCAAUAAUUUUUGCCAUUGAUAUUUUGAUACCUUUGAACUUGAUGCUGAAUAUUUUCUUGUGGGUAUUUUGAUUCCUUUGUGCUUGAAAUUGAUGAGGAAUAUCUUCUUGUGAUUGUUUUUGAUACAUUUUAGGGUUAUGUUUUUGUAUGAUGGAAAAUGGUACCUCCAAAUGCAGUUGAAUACGGUAUGAAACAUUGAACUCCUGAGCAGGAACAAUAACUUUUAUAGUGUUUCAUGAAAUGGACUUUUUG